AUGUAUUUAUAUAUCAGUUUUUACCUUUUUGUGAUUCUACAAGCCGUGUGUUCAGAAGAAUGUCCCUCAUCGGCAGAAAUAAAAAUUAAAGACGGGAAGUUGCUGUUGGAUACGCAUGAAAUAUGUUCCUGUUUUGGAGAUGAAGCUGUCAAGCCCGAGGCAGGCGAAGGAGCUGAGCCAGCAAAAUGUGAUCUCAACGCGAACACCGAAGAAAAUGGAGCAGUAUCCAUCGCCCUCGCAGAUAUUUGUAAAUGUAAAAGAAAACCAAUUCCAGAAAUCUUAGCUCCUGUAUGGGAGAGAAUAAACGCAUUUAGUACCCUAAGCACAUUGGAAUCAAAUACAACAAAAGUUGUUACCGAGGCAACAGUUUUUAAAAAUACUACAACGCUUAAAACUGAAAAAAUCGCUGAAAUCACUCCUGUGUUAUUAAAUGAAACUUCUCCUACCCCCGCACUUUCCACGGACGUUGAAAAAUUGGCUACGGUUUCAAAGAAUAUUACUACAACAAUACUGUAUCCAAAAAAUAAAACUGAGGUAACUACCUCCACAGCCAGACCUACUGAAGUAAGUUCCAAAACACCAAUAAUAUCGGAUAAUUCUACUUUACAUCCCAAAGUAGAUAAAGAUGAAACUGAUUAUAGUGCGAAAGAAAAUUCAUCAGUGAGUGAAAUACCUACUGAUACUAAGAGUUCAACUAUUAAAAUUGAUUUAGUAUCAACAGUGGCACCGUCGGUGAACUCGUCUACUGCAACUGACAAAUCCGAAAAAUAUGACGUUAAAAAUAUAACUACUUCCAACAAAACACCAACAGACAAUACUACUGUUAUUCUACCACCUACAUCCGAUGAAGUUGAAAACAAGAAUACGAUGGAAAUGACGUCAGAAGUAACUGAUGUAGGCCACACUACAGAGAUAUCGACUAAAGAAUCUAACGCAACGACAAACGCAGAUCCUCACGAAAGCGAUCAUUUAAGCGGUGAAAACGGCAGUCGAGAACAAGGCAGCACGACUACAUCCGUCGUACUCUAUUUCUUAAUCGGGGUUAUCGUAGGAGUACUUUUGAUGCUAAUCGCUAAGUUCGCUUUAAGCAGAUAUAAAGCUGCCACAUAUGAGGUCAAUCAUCAGAAUGUAGAAAUGAAUAAUCACCAAACGUAA